UGAAAAGUGCACAAUGUCUUUUUGUAAUUUUUUUACAUUAAUUUUAACUUUUCAUCUUUUCUGUGUAUCUGGCACUUCAAUGGUCAAACUUCAAAAUGGUGGCUAUGAAGACCUUGUUUUUGCAAUUAAUCCAGGACUGCGAGAGAAUGUCAAAAUUAUUGACAAUAUUCAGAAUAUGAUAACAGAGGCUUCUCAGUAUUUGUUCAGUGCUACAAAGAACAGAGUCUAUAUAAGAAAUGCAAAAAUCUUAAUUCCUAUGGCCUGGUCAAAUAAUAAAUAUACAAAGGCAAGAACGGAAACCUAUGAUAAGGCAGAUGUGAUCAUUGCCAGCUCUCACGUCAAGUUUGGAGAUGACCCAUAUACCCUGCAGUAUGGUAGAUGUGGGGAGCCAGGAAAAUAUAUUCAUAUGACACCAGACUUCUUGCUAAACGACAGUCUGAUUUCAACUUAUGGACCUCGAGGUAGAGCAUUUGUCCACGAAUGGGCACAUCUACGAUGGGGCGUAUUUGAUGAAUACAACUAUGAAAAACCUUUUUAUAUUGCUGGAAAUAAGAAUAUAGAAGCAACAAGAUGCUCUGCUGAUAUUAUUGGUACCCACAUUAAACAGUGUCAAGGAAAAACCUGCAAAUGCGCCCGUGACCCCCAAACAGGCCUUUAUGAAGAUGGUUGUGUCUUUGUACCUGACAAGAACCAGGUUCCCAAGGCAUCUAUCAUGUAUUUACAGGCACUGCAAUCUGUUACUGAAUUCUGUGACAAGAACCAUAACACUGAGGCUCCAACAUUACAGAACCGGAUCUGUAACUCACGUAGCACAUGGGACGUCAUUAUGAACUCCACGGAUAUAAAGUCCACUCCUCCACAGGCUGACUCUAAUCUCCCAGCAGUCCCCUCCUUCUCGCUGCUACAGAGUUCUGAAAGAGUUGUGACUCUGGUGCUUGAUGUGUCUGGAAGUAUGGCCAGUGGUAAUCGAAUUGGGCGGCUGUACCAGGCAGCAGAAGUGUUCGUUAUGCAGAUCGUUGAGAUGGGCUCUUAUGUUGGGAUUGUGCAGUUCGAAAGCACUGCAUCUGUCCGUUCCAGUUUGUUGCAAAUAGUUGAUGACACUCAGCGGAAUCGGCUAAAGUCUCUCCUCCCAAAAACUGCGACUGGAGGAACAAACAUUUGUGCAGGAAUUCGUGAGGGCAUCAAGGUAAACAAAAAAUAUGAUGGAUCCUCAUACAGCACUGAACUAGUCCUUCUUACAGAUGGAGAAGAUAAUUACGCCACAUCUCUUUGUUUUCCUGAUGUAACCAAUAGUGGAUCGAUAAUUCAUGUCAUUGCUUUGGGUCCAAAUGCAGCCAAGGAACUUGAAACGAUUGUAGACAUGACAGGAGGAUUACGCUUUCUAGCGACAGAUAAAGUAGAUGCUCAAGGAUUAAUUGAUGCUUUCAUCGGCCUCACAGCUGGAGAUGGGGCUACUACCCAGCAUGCUAUUCAGCUGGAGAGCUCUGGCUCAGUUCUUAAGUCAAAGGAUUGCUUAACUGGCACUGUCUUUAUCGACAAGACAGUGGGGAAUGGAACGUUCUUUCUUGUCACAUGGGUAAACUUGGUACCAGCCAUCACUCUAACAGACCCAAAUGGAAAGAUAUACACAUCUAACGAUUUUGCCUCCGACGCAACUUCAAAAUCUUCUAGACUUGUGAUCCCCGGAACAGCUGAGAGAGGAGCUUGGCAGUACAACCUGUGCAAUACUCACACAGCAAAUCAGGCCAUAGGCUUUGUGGUGACAUCUACAGCAGCGGAUGAAAAUGUACCUCCAAUUACAGUGAAUGCUCAUAUGAAUCAAAAUACAAAUAACUUGAAAGAGCCAAUGGUUGUCUAUGCAUCAGUAAAUCAAGGACUAUUGCCUGUCAUAGGCGCCAAUGUAACAGCCAUUAUUGAGCCAGUAAAUGGAAAUCCAGUCACUUUAGAACUCUGGGACAACGGAGCAGGUGCUGAUAUUGUAAGAAACGAUGGAAUCUACUCAAGAUAUUACACAGCAUUUCAAGGAAAUGGAAGAUAUGGUUUAAAAGUGCGAGUGGAAAACAGCAACAAAAAAAGCCGACUGGCACUGCCAAGGGGCCGAGCUCUUUAUAUUCCCGGUUAUUUGGAGAAUGGGCAGAUAACAUUGAACCCAUCACGACCAGUUAUUAAUGAUGAGGACCUUAAUCUGGGGGAAUUCAGCAGAACAGCUUCCGGUGGCUCUUUUGUAGUAUCUAAUUUACCUUCAGGUCCUCAGCCAGACUUAUAUAAACCUGAGAAAGUAACUGACUUGGAGGCAAAAAUAGAAGAGGGUACAGUUGUGUUGACCUGGACAGCAACUGGGGAUGACCUGGACCAGGGAACUGUUUCAGGAUACGACUUUAGAAUGAGCACAAAUCCCAGUGAGCUCAGGAACAAUUUUGACAAUUCUAUAGCAGUCAACACUUCCAGUCUAACACCACAGAUCGCUGGAUCCAGUGAAUCAUUUACAUUUGUUCCAGAUGAGAUAACAAUAGAAAAUGGCACCAUCCUUUAUUUUGCUCUCAUUGCUUUUGAUAAAGUUGCACAGAAAUCAGAUCUGUCAAACAUAGCACAAGCGGCUCUGCUUAUUCCUCCAACUCCUGCUCCUACUACAGUUCCUACUACAGUUCCUAAUACAGUUCCACCCUCAAAUGGCAGUUCUGGGAGCCUGGACAUAACAUCCCUGUCGCUGAUAGUUUGUUCAUCUGUCAUUGUUAUUUGUAUUAUUAUAAGCAUUACUGUGUGUGCUGUGAGAUGCUGUGACAAGAAGAAACAUAACCCAGAAAUGAAACUGUAAACAAAAUACAGUAUUACAGAAAAUAACAUUUGGCAAUAUUAAACACAAAAGAUGAAUUAAUAAAUGAAUAGCUACUAUUGCAGCCAGAGCCAGGCUUUGUUCACUCAUUUUAUACACCAAGAAGGCGGUUAUAUUGCAAAGGGUCGGUAGUGCCUCUCCUACAUUGGACUUCUGGUGGCAAAUGGUUAAUGGUUCUCUGCAAUUGAUUAAGUUAACUUAUGAGGAAUAUGUAAAUUGGGCAAAAGUUGACAAAAUUAAGGGACCUUGGUAUGACCCAGCCAUCUUGCCUUAUUAUGCUCGAAAUAAGGCAGUAUCACCACUCAGUGGAAUUCAAGGGAAUCUAUGCCGAUUGUGCGAAUCUCAUGUUGAUUUUGUUGUGUAUUAGUGCAAUUGUACCAUUCAAAUUGAUGCAAUGCAUGUAUGUAUGGUUUUAUGUAACAAAAAAAUAAAAUACCUUUAGAAAAAAGUCUA